AUGGCAAAAGCAUACACACAAGCUGAAUUUGACAGUUUGAUGGAAAAGGUGGAGAAGGUAGAUAUUAGGGUGAAAGAAUACUUAGAGUUAGCUGGAUACGAAAAGUGGGCUAGGUUGUAUGCCCCUGUUAACAGGGGAUGGACAAUGACGUCAAAUAUUGGUGAGUCAAUCAAUGAUGCACUAGUGUCAGCAAGGGAAUUGCCAAUAUACGACUUCCUCGAAGAAGUUAGGAAGAUGUUUGGACGUUGGAAUUGUAGUAACCGCAAAGAAGCUACACAGACAUACACAACGCUUGGAAAAAAAUACCAGGAGAUGCUGACUUUGAAUGAGGCAAUGUCUACACGCAUGACUGUGGUGCCAUCAACUGAAUACUUACAUACGGUUAACGAUGGAGGGAGGCAUUACACAGUCUGCCUGUUAGAGAGAAAAUGUGUUUGUGGGAGGUUCCAAGUUGAUGAAUUACUAUGCCCACAUGCUUGGGCUGUAUUGAAGAGCAAGUUUCUAAUGCCAGAAGAAUAUUGCUCUAACUAUUACAGACCAAAUAUUGUUAUAAUGACAUACGAUAUGCCUGUGUACCCGCUACUGGACAGAAAUGACUAG